AUGAAGCCCAUGGGCGUGCCGAUGAAGAUGAUCAACGCCCGGCAGACCUCGGAGGGCAAGACGCAGGCGGCGCCGAAGCCGAAGAACGGCACCGUCGAUGACACCAAGCUCCGCAUGUACGGCGGCGGCGGCUAUGGCGGCGGCGGCUACGCGGCCCCAGCUCCUUCCUACGGCGGCGGCUACUCUGCUCCGGCUCCCUCAUACGGCGGCGGCGGCUACGGCGGCGGCGGCUACGCUGCACCAGCUCCCUCUUACGGCGCCUCCAGCUACGGCGGUGGCUCCUCCUACGGCAGCUCCUACGCGGCCCCAGCUCCCUCAUACGGCGGUGGCUCCAGUUACGGCGGCGGCGGCUAUG